UACCUUCCUCUCUUUACCCUUUGGCUGCAUCUUAUUCAUCAACCUCACCCAAAAAAAUUCGGAUCUGGAUCCAAAUAUCAAAUAUGGAUUUUCCAUCACCCGAAACAGCCACUGCCCUACAACUCAUCGAAGAAUAUCUUUUCGAUGAUCAGAUCGAAACCCCGACCCAUAAAUUAACCACUUCUAAUAACUUGAGAUCAUCACCAUCAUCAUCAUCAUUAUCGUAUGGCCAACAUUUUGAAACUAACUCAAAGGGUACAACGUUCAACAUUUCUUUUAGUAAACAGGGUCAGUGUCAGACUGACACUAACACUUUUAUAGAAUAUAUUUACUCGUCGUUUCAAAAUAGAACUAAUAACGAUGAUGGAACAUCCUUUUUAUUUUGUAGUCAACCAAGAAAAGUUGGUAGUACUACACAUGAGAUAAAUAAAAAGGAAAAUAAUUCACAUUGGAAUUAUAUCGGAGUAAGAAGACGACCAUGGGGUAGAUUUGCAGCGGAAAUUAGAGAUCCUAAACGUAAAGGGUAUAGACUUUGGCUUGGUACGUACACUACUGCUAUCGAAGCUGCUCGAGCAUAUGAUCGAGCAGCUUUCAAUAUACGAGGUCAUAAGGCUAGGCUUAACUUUCCUCAUGAGGUUGAGUGUUGGUCAACAUCAUCAUCUAUUAAAAGAGAUGUUCAAGAACAAAAGUGUAUGGGUGAGAAACGACGUCGGAUAGAUGAUGGUGAAAUUGAUUGUGUUGAAAGUUUUUCCUCUUUAGAUGAUAAUGAUAAUGAUGAUGAUGAUUUUUUUUGAUGAUGAUUAAUUGAUAUAUUGACCAUCAAAUUAAAUACCAAAUUUGUUUGAAUAUAUAGAAU